GAUGUGCACAUGGCAUCGCUGUCAUGCACAUCCCGUGGAUUUUGUUUUGACUGGUCCUGAUCCAUUUUCCUCUUAAUAUAAGAACUAUUGAUGAUUUUGGCGUCUAUAUCAGAUGUUAUCGAUAGCACACAAUACGUUGAUAGAAUUGGGCACUGUGCUGCCAGAUAUGUCAAAUUUGUCAGGUGGCAAGCUCUGCCUUCACAUAAACAAGCAAAUUAAAGGCUGGCAUUAAAUGGAGUGAUUGUACAAAAGUAAAAAGAAAAACGAGUUGCUUGUAACCGCAUGUGGUAGCCCAUGGCGAUAAACUAAAUGCAUAUGUAAUUCGUUUAGCUUGCGCCAAAAACAAUACACAAGACUUGCGACAGUUCCCAAAAUGUUUGCAACGUUAAAAAACAAAAUUAAGGAGGAAACUGGCGAUGAUGUGUCCACGUCGACAUCGCAACCGCAUCAGCGCCACUUAAACAAUAAUACCAACAAUAACAACAACAACUAUCGCUUACGUAGCCGUCGUAUUAGCAUAAAUUCCAAUUUUGCUGAUGAUGUGGGCGGUGGCAUCUACAAUGAGCAGUCUGAACAAUUGUGCCAGCUUCGUGGGCAAUGCAAUGAGCUCACCUCCAGAGUGUCCAGUCUCAGUCAGAGUCUUCAGCAAUUGCAGGAUGAGAAGACGAGAGUGGACAAGACCAACGAGAUCUUAUUGGAGAGCGUGCGAGUAGCGCAGACGCAAAAGGAUAUCUAUUGUGAGGAACAGGAGAAAAUACAAAAUCUACAACAAGUGGAAAUUGACAAACUGAAAAACUUAAUGGGCUUUCGUGAGCAGGAAGCCGUCGAUCAUAUGAGCUCCAUACGUCAGUAUCAGCAGCAAAUUGAAAAUCUUAACCAGGAAAUGGAUCGGCUGCGUACGAUUGAACCGAUUGCCGAAGAUCUACGCGAUGAACUGGAGCAGUUACGUCAUGCCACGCAGCAUGAGAAGAACCAACUGACCACAACACUAGCUGCUGUUCAAGAAGAGAAUCGCAACCUGAAAAUGCGCAUGCAAAUCGUUGAGCAAUCACGUCUCGAAACGUUGGCCAAAUUAAGUGGAGAUCAGCAAGUGCAGGCACUAGUGCAUGAACACAAAUUAUUGGAGCAGCAUCUGGAAGAGACGCAUUUGCAAUUGUCCGAUAUAAAAAGCUCAUGGAGUGGGCAGAACUUUGCUUUGGAGAAGCAAGUCAGUCGCCUUUCUCAGCAGGUCGCUGAGGAAACGACUGAAAAACGCAAGGCAUUAAAGGCCAGAGAUGAGGCCAUAGAGAGUCGCAAGCAAGUCGCCUUUGAGCUUGAGAAAGCCAACAUUGAAAUUAAGCAACGCAACGAAAAGAUUAAAUUGUUAGAAGACGAAGUGGACGAAUUGACAGUGGCUCUUAAAGAGUGUCGAGAAGAGAAUGAGCAGCAGAUUCUUUUCGAGCGCAAUAAAUCUGAAACACUGACUGCCGAAAAUAAAGAUCUCAAAAUGCGAAUUGCAACAGCCGAUGAUCGGUUUAGCGAAUAUGUCAAGAAUGCUGAGCAAAUUGCUCAAAAGUUACGAACACAGAUUACCGAAAAGCAAGAUCAGCUCAAUGAGAGUCAAACGCUUUUGGAAAUAGAGCGUGAAGAAAAACUAACAGCAUUAUUGCGGAAUGCGGAAAUUUCGCAAAGCGAAGAGUUGCUUAAAAAGGAAUUACGUCUGGAGCAAAAUGAAUCGAACGAUCUGCAUGACAAAAAUAAACAACUUGAAAAUGAUGUGAAAGAGGCUCGUGUGGCACUCCAAGCGCUCAAUGAGGCAGCUCAACAAAACGAAAAAGACUUGGCGAAAUAUGAGCAAUCCCAACGGGAAAUUAUUGAAAAGAAUAAGACAAUAAAAACAUUAAGUCAACGACUUGGUGACCUUAAGAAAACAUUGCAAAAAGAAUUUCGAAGCUCGCAAUCAGCAACCAUUGAUGUUGAUACGGAUCAAGUAAUACCCGCCCUUAGGAUCUCCCACGCGCCGAUUGAAUCCUUUCAGUCGGAUAAUAAACCAAAUUGCAUUAUAAUGGAUGAAGUGAAUUUUAAAUAUUUAAAACACGUCAUUAUAAAAUUUUUAACAAGUAGAGAGGUUGAAGCCCGUCAUCUUGUACGCGCAGUCUCCACACUAUUGCAGCUUUCCCAAGAGGAGGAGAAACUGUUGCACGACACAUUGGAUUAUAAGAUGAGUUGGUUCGGCGUAAAACCCAGUUAAAUGCUACAAACCCAUUUGAUAGACCCAUCAAAGGGCAAUGUGCAAUAAUGAAAUACAUAUAUAUGUAUAUAUGAAACACAUUCCUAAAUAUUGACUUUAGUUCUUUACCAAACAUAAUUUGUACUAUGUACAUAUUAUACAAGCUUUUUUUACAAUUUUGGAUAGAAGAGCAUAGUCAAAACUUGUUUGUGAUGUUGAUUUUUUCAUUGAAUCUGAGAUAUUUAUAACCAAAAUUUUAAACGCAAAAACGGCGAUUCUAUCCGUUAGUGACAUUCCUGAUUUGUUAAUUUAUAUGUGUAUAUACAUAUUUGUACAAUUAUUUUUUGUUAGAUUAUAUUAUAAUUUUACAACAUCUUUUAAUAAAUAUACAACGCAUUGUAUACAUACACAUGAGAAUAUUUGCACUCAUAUGAACCUAGAUCGGUUUGUGAUGCACUGUCAAUAAAAACCUAUUCUUAAUGC